AUGGCUGCCGCGGACCAGACGAUUAUAGUGUCUAGUUACGGCCGAAUCGGAACCGACCUUGAAGCCCUGGAUAAGACAGGAUGGAUUGCAACAUCUUAUUUUUUGACCUUGGCAUCAUUUCAGCCCUUGUAUGGGCGCCUAAGUGAUAUCUUUGGGCGCAAAGCUGCCCUACUCUUUGCCUACGCGGUCUUUGGCCUAGGAUCUCUGUGGUGCGGUUUUGCCACGAAUAUAAACGAAUUGAUUGUAGCAAGAGCGCUAAGUGGCGUUGGAGGAGGUGGUAUGACAACCAUCGUCGCUAUUAUAUGGAGCGAUAUCCUUCCAGUCCGUGAAAGAGGGUUAUGGCAAGGUUUUGCAAACCUCAUUUACGCAACUGGUUCCAGCUUGGGGGGGCCUCUGGGUGGUCUGCUAGUUGAUACGCCAGGAGUUGGUUGGAGAUGGCCCUUUAUAAUUCAAGCACCUCUUGCUUUACUCGCUUCGAUCGGUGUAUACUUAGCAUUAACACCAAAUCGAAAUGACUUUCACGGCUGGACAAAACAACUUCAGCGGAUAGACAUCCUUGGUGCUUCUACUCUGGUGCUGGCCGUCCUGUCAUUGAUGGUGGGAUUCGAUUGUGGGUCGAAUGUCUCUUGGUUUGCACCCGUGACCAUUGGCUUUCUACUGUUGGCCGUUGCGCUCUUCUGCGUCUUUGGAUACAUCGAGACUUUCGUUGCAUCCGAGCCUUUCACCCCAAGCCACAUCCUCCUCAACCGCACACUCUUCGCGCACUACGCCACUCAAUUUUUCUCAUUUACGAGUCACAUCUCGUCCAUGUUCUUUGUUCCACUCUUUUUCCAGGCUGUCCACGACCUCAACAGCGGCCAGGCCGCGAUUCGCUUGAUCCCUGUUGUUCUUGCGGGCGUCUCGGGAGGACUCACGGGUGGCUUAAUGGCCAAAUGCUCCGGAGACUAUGCACGGCUAACAAUGGUUGCCGCCACAGUGCUGCUACUAGGCUCUGCACUCUCGGCCGCAUGCUGCGCCGCUGAUGUUCGCGGCCUCACGGGUUUGAUCAUCAGUGUGAGCAUCAACUCGUUUGGAAACGGUAUCAUCUGUACAUCUACCAUGGUGGGUAUCCUAGCAAACGCAGAUGAAAAGGAUCAGUCCAUCGCCACCGCAUGCUCAUAUCUCUUCCGAGCCUUGGGAUCCAUCAUCGGCAUCACGGUCGUCUCUGCGACUGUUCAGCAGUCGUUGAGAUCUAGGUUAAUCGAGGAGCUAGCGUCGAGGGGGAAUGCGGAGGAGAUCGCGAAGCGCAUUCAGAUGAGCCUAGACGCAGUCAAACUACUAGAUCCAGAGACCCGCGAGCUGGUUCGGACCUCGUAUCGUAUGGCUGUGAGAGACGGCAUGGUGGUAAUGACGGCCCUGGCAGCAAUGACCGUGGUAGCCGCCAUUUUUGGACGAGGGAAGCGAUUGGUUUGA